UACGACAAAGUCCGACUCACUGUCCUGUCCACGGAGUCACCAUGGCCGAGAAUACAGGAAAUGGCUUAGGUGAGAUCCUGGAGAUUCGAGACAAGAGUGGGAAUACCAUGAGCGUGUUUAAGUACGGAGAGGACGUUAUACCGCUAAACAAAGGUCUGCUCGACUUCGUACUUCCUCAGGAACAUAUGUUACGACUGGGGGACAUGGAGGCCAGAGACGACGAUAUCAUGAUAUGUGCUCACACUAAGGCGGGUACUCACUGGAUAUGGGAAAUCAUCAUGAUGUUGACCAGAGGAUCGACAGUAUAUGCAGCGGGACCAAAGGAACACGCAAUGCUCGAGUUUCGUUCAGCGGAAAAGUUAGACGCUUUGGAUUCACCUAGGAUAUUUAACACUCACCUACGGCUCAGCAAUCUUCCAAAGAAACUGGUUGAGAGGAAGUGCAAGAUUGUAUUUUUAGUCCGAAACCCAAAAGAUACAGCUGUGUCUUUGUACAACCACAUGUCAGCAAAGGGAUCUGCAUUCGCUUACAAAGGCAGUUUUGAUGACUUUUUAUCCUUAUUUAUGAGUGACAUAUUUCCACACAACGCGUGGCCUGGGUAUAUGACGGGAUGGGAGACUGACUUUGCGUUAAAUCCAGACGUUCCACGUCACAUUAUAUACUAUGAGGAUCUAAAACAGAACCCUGUUCAUGAAGUCCGGAUGUUAGCAUCUUAUCUAAAUGUGACAUGUACCGACUCAUUCAUUGGUGAAAUAGUCGAUAAGUGUUCAUUUGACAAUCUUAAGAAUGGGAAAACUGACAGUCCUGAUACUACAAAGUGGAAAUUCAUGUACAGGAAAGGAGAAGUUGGUGAUUGGAAAAAUUGGUUUACAGUAGCACAAAAUGAAGCAUUCGACAAAUACAUAACAAAAGAAACGGAAAAAUCUAACUUUAAAUUCAAAUAUACCUUAUAACGUGUACCAUAG